UGUUGGUGGAUAAACAACUAGAAACUUGGAUGAGUGCUUCGUGGGGAAGAGUUUUCAGCUUCUUGUGGGCGGCUCAAAUUACCAAAUCCUCCCGGAGACACUCCCACCGUGUACCUACAGCAGGAAGGACAACAUCUGUCUGAAACAGCAAUGUCCUCACUUUGUGACUAACGUGUAUCACCGGCUUUCUCUUUUUUUAUUAAGCUCUUUCCAAAUCCCACGGUUGAAUCUGCUUUUGCUGCAGUUUCUGUGAAACCAGUUAAAUGGGCUGACGAGAGAGAGGCGCUCCAGAAUUGACGUGGCAACUCACCCAUGCAGUCUCACCGAGGCUGCUGUGACUUGUGAUGUGAAUCAUCCGGCCGAAACUCCAAAUAAAUCAUCAGCGUUUGACAUCAAAGCUCCUGCUCUACCGUGUCUCUCUCCUGAGUCGGUGACUCCCACUGCAUUGCUACACAGAAGUUUCCCUUACAGUCUACACAGAGACCGGGAGAAGAUGAUCUUCCUCAUCCUGCUGCUCCUCUUCCUCACCCCCUGUGUCUCUGGAACAUUUGUAGUGAAUGUGACUCAGACUUCCUAUCACGCAGAGGAGAACCAGAACAUCACCCUGGAGUGGACCUUCAACACCAGAAGAGACACUUCCCUCAGAUCCAUUUCUACCUUCUGUCAGUUGUUUACUGAAGGCAGGUACUCAGUCCUGUUUCAUCUGCAUCAAGGUGUUGAAUCCCCAGAGUCUCAGGAUCCACAGUUUUCAGGACGAGUCCAGUGGGACAAAGACGUCCUCACAGAAGGACGCCUCACACUUCAUGUCUCCAGACUCAGGACCAAUGACUCUGGGUUUUAUGUGUGUGACAUACUCGUCAGACCUGAUGGGAGUAACUCUAGGAGAUGCUGGCUCAACGUCACUGCUGCUGAAGAGCUCGAACCUCAGGGACCAACAGAGAGUCCUCAAGCAGAGAGUUGGACAGGUUUUUGGGUUACCGUUGGAGUGUCAGCAGCUGUUCUGGUUCUCUUUGUUGUCAGCAUUUGGAAAGUUUGUAUUCCUAGAUUUAAGAGAAGAACCUACAUUGCAGUCAUACAGAUGGAGAGUUCAUCAGAGGAACAAACCAUCCAGACUAACAUAUCUCCAUCUGAAUCUGAGCAUGAAGUGAGACUCUCCAACAUCUGAGUCAGGAAAGAGCUCAGUGUAACCUCUGUAAAGUGUCAUUUUUAUACUUAUUUAUUUCAGUUUUCACUGAGUUUGAUCAUUCAGCUGUAAGGUCAUCAACCCCUUUGUGUACAUGGAUAUUGUUACCAUGCUGCAUUUAAUGUCAUGUUCAAAUGUUACACAUUAUAAAUGAAUCAAUUGUAUUUACUUUUUCACUUAAAAGUGACACAAUCUGCUUUGAAUGUCCUACAUGAGGAAAUAUUUGGAAAUGUCGUAUUGGAUCGACUUCUUGGUGUUAAAAUAUGUUAUUCCUUUGUGUUAUAAUAAAGGUGUUUAUUCUUUAACACUAU